AUGGACCUCUCUUUACACCACUUCUUUCUGGAAGUCUUCUCUGAUUUCGCAGAAGCCCCAGAGUCAGAUCCAAGUCGAGCAGAUGUAGAGAAUAUCACGACUUGGAAGAAUCAGGGAACAAUGCUGUCGACAUCUGAAGGGUUUGAAUAUACUCCCAGGGGAGGACUGAAGCCCAGGUUGGUGACUGAUGCAGUCGUUUCUCCCGCUCAAUUGAGUGCGAGUCCAACUGAAUUAUAUGAUGUGAUUAUUGUGGGAGCAGGCUACGCUGGGCUUAUUGCCGCAAGAGAUCUGACCGCGAGAGGACGGAAGGUUCUCCUCAUCGAGGCGCGAGAUCGCAUCGGUGGGCGGACAUGGUCAUGUCGGGCUGGCAGUGGCGAUAUAUUCGAUAUGGGAGGCACAUAUAUCCACUGGACUCAACCACAUGUUUGGACCGAGAUCGUGCGAUACGGAUUGAAAGAGACGAUCAAAGAUUGCGUGGAACCAUUUGAGAGAUCCGUACCUCCUUCGAUGAUCUUGAAUGGCGAAGGAAAGAAUCGUCCCGCGGCUGAAUUGGACGCGUGGUUAGGCAAGGCCAUGUCCACGUUUUACAACCCAGAUGGCAUCAGAUCCACAGAUGCAGUACCAUAUCCACACAGCCCACUAUACAACCAAGCCUGCGCCGCAAAACACGAUGGAAUGUCCGCCCGAGACCGCUUCGAACAGCUGAGAGGCAUCCUGAACGAAGACGAACUGGGCAUCAACAAAGCUUACACACUGAUCAUGAGCGGUCCACCACUCGAAUCGGCCAGCUAUUUCGACCUCCUUCAACGCUGGGUCCUUGGUGGCGCAACACCAGACCAAUACGCCGAGCGCAUGACGCGGUUCAAACUGAAAGGCGGACAGACGGAACUCACCCGACGUAUCUUCAACGACAUUCUCGCCACGGGGAAUUGCUCAUACACAUUCUCCACUCCGAUUCAAGCAAUCGACCAUUCUGGCCUCGAAAAGGUAUCUGUCAUGACCGUCGACGGACGAUGCUUCCGUGCUCGCAAAGCCAUCUGCACCAUCCCAUUGGCUGUUCUGAAGAGUAUACGCUUCACACCUAGCCUUCCGCCAUUAAAAGCCGAAGCCAUCGCGGAAGGCCGAGGGAAUUUCACACGCAAGUUCCAUGCACUAGCUGAAGGGAGGCAGUGGCGUUCAUGGUCCUGUGUUAGGUACAACAGCAGUAACAAUAACGGUGGAGAAGCAGUUAUGGCGAGUGGCGAUUCCCAGUCUGCGUCAGGCGAAGAUACCAACCUCGUCGUCUUUUCUGCGGGAGAUUCGUUGAAACCUCAUUUCUCGCCACGGGAACAGUUGGAGACUCUUCAGUCUCUAGAUGCUCAUUUGAAGGUGAAAAGAUUGAUAUUCACCGACUACAACGAUGACCCCUAUGCCGGCGGUAGCUGGUGCGUCUUCCAGCCGGGAUACAUGACGAAAUAUCUGGGUGCACUGCAAUCGAGCGUGGGGAAUUUGAAAUUUGCCAGCGGAGAUAUCGCUGAUGGUUGGCGAGGAUUCAUUGAUGGCGCGAUUGAAUCGGCCACUUUGGUCGCGAGAGAAGUGGAGGGGGAAUUAUUAGGUCUGAUUCCUGUUCCUCCGCCUGUACCUACGUCUGGCAUUGGGGUUGCGAAUGAAGCUCAUCUUUGA